GAAGCAACCGAAGAUAUUGUUAUUAUUAAUAUUAUAAAUUCAUUUAGUUACAGCUAGAUUGAACAGUAUAAUACAAAAAUAAUAUUAAUAAUAACAAAUACAAGGAAUAAUACAAAACAUAUUUAACUAAAAAUGCGUAUCGUUAGCGCUACACGAAGGUUCUUCAAGGACUUUAUAAAAAACCUACAUCUUCCGAAUUUCAAGAACCCAUUUAAAUUUGAGACCCCAUCGAAGGUCUCAAAAAGUAUAAUAAAAUUUGAAGCUGAGUCACUGCUCAAAAAGUUUGAUUUGCAUGAAAACGUUCACCUAAGUGCUUUAGACGGCACGCAUGUAGAAGUGAAGAACCUGAAUGGUGAAGUGCAUAUCAACACUCACGCCUGGCACGAAAUAUCAUUUGAAUUAGAAUCUGGUAGAAUUGGUAAAUUUUGUGAAAAAUUGUCGUUACGCAGUUCAUUGAGUCAUGCAGAUGAAUUAAGCUUGCGUAAGGUAUAUUUUAAAGAUGUCCCAGCUAAAAUUUUGGCUGAUUUAGAGGAGGGUUUUGUGAUGCAUAGUAAAAAAUUUGGUGAUAUAGGUACCACUAAACUUAAAAAUGCUGAAAAAGCCUUAUCUCCAAAAAGUAAAGGAAAGAUAAUUAAAUAUAUUACAAAUGCCGCUUUAACCAUAGGGGGCGUAGCUAUUGCUACUGGAAUACUUUUUAAAGAUGUUGUUAGUGAAAUGCACAAAGCCGAAGGUUGUUUUCUUUACAAUGGGAAGGAUAGGAAGAAUUGUAAAUUGACUGAUCGUUCAUGUGCUUAUCCACAAACAUCUGACACAACACAACCGUGUAAUUCAAACGAUUUUAAGCAAUUCUUUGAGAUCAAAUUGAAUACGAAUUUGAAUUUAGUGAUACGUAAGUUACUUAAAGAUCCGGAUAAAAGGAAAGAACUUGAAGACUUGAAAGAUGCAUUAGGUAGACCGAAUAUAACUGUUGACAAUAUAGAAAAAAUUAUUGAAAAUUAUUAUGAUAAAAUUAUUGACUUUUACAAUCGCAAUGAUAAACCAACAAUCUUACAACCGUGUGCAUUAUUCGAAGAAUCAAACAAACCUAUCUGUGUCGCGUGUGAUUCUAGUGCUCCGAUCAACAGCUAUCGCUAUCUUGAUACCACUGAAGUAUCUUUUAAUUUUCAAUCGUUUUGCAACAAUGACCCAUCAGUACUCAAAGCCCUUAACACAACGUUUGGUCAGAGCAUCGAAGCUUUACUGGGUGGUUUAGGUGUUGGAUCUUUCUUCGGCACUUUCUUUCAAUAUAUCAUGUACGCAAUUGUAGGAUUUAUUUUACUGUGCGGUGUUGGUUACGCUGUUUCUUUUCUUCGUAAAAAGAAGGGUGAUGAUGAUGAUGAUGAAGUUAGCUAUUCAAAGCUUGAAAACGAAGGCGAUUGAUUUAAUUGAAAUUUAAUAAAGAUUUAAAACAUUUGGAAACGAAAGCAAUUAAUUAAAAAUUUGUAUGAAAAAAAAAAUUUUUUUUU